GCGCGCAGUGUCCCGUUAGGUCCCAGUGUGGAGUUGAGAAGGAUGGAGGUCCGACCCGAGCGAUUUAAAGCAGCAGCGGCGAAGACUCUCGGCAGGAUACACCGGGUUCUAGAAAAGCGGCAAGAAAAUGGCGAGACGAUUGAGCUAUCCGCGGAGGGUCGUCCAGAGCUUCAGGAAGAGAAGGAACUUCCUGUGGUGGACUGCACAUGUUUUGGUUUGCCGCGACGGUACAUCAUCGCUAUUUUGUCAGGACUUGGAUUUUGCAUCUCGUUCGGUAUCCGCUGUAACCUGGGUGUGGCCAUCGUCAGUAUGGUGAACAACCACACCAUCUACAGAGAUGGCAAGCCAUACAUUGUGAAUGCUCAGUUUACAUGGGACCCAGAGACCGUCGGAAUGAUUCAUGGAUCAUUUUUUUGGGGUUACAUUGUCACUCAAAUUCCUGGAGGUUUCAUCUGCCAGAAAUUUGCCGCCAACAGGGUGUUUGGUUUUGCAGUCGUAUCCACAUCUGUCCUAAAUAUGAUUAUUCCCACAGCAGCGCGAGUACACUUCGGCUGUGUGAUUAUGGUGCGGAUACUACAGGGCCUCGUGGAGGGUGUUUCUUAUCCAGCUUGUCAUGGGAUCUGGGCAAAAUGGGCUCCGCCUCUAGAAAGAAGUCGUUUGGCCACAACAGCGUUCUGUGGUUCAUAUGCAGGUGCUGUGAUCGCCAUGCCAUUAGCUGGAGUUCUAGUGCAGUAUUCAGGCUGGUCCUCAGUCUUCUAUGUAUAUGGUAGUUUUGGGGUCUGCUGGUACAUGUUCUGGAUUCUGGUGUCAUAUGAGAGUCCAGCGGCUCACCCCACCAUCACCCCAGAGGAAAGGAAAUACAUUGAAAAUGCUAUCGGGGAAACGGCUGGAUUAAUGAACCCUGUGACGAAGUUUAACACUCCCUGGCGUAAGUUUUUCACAUCGAUGCCCGUGUACGCCAUUAUCGUGGCUAAUUUCUGCAGGAGCUGGACAUUUUACCUUCUUCUCAUCAGUCAACCUGCGUAUUUUGAAGAGGUGUUUAAAUUUGAGAUCAGCAAGGUCGGUCUCGUCUCUGCUCUUCCUCAUCUGGUUAUGACCAUCGUCGUGCCGAUCGGAGGACUGCUGGCUGACUAUCUGAGGACUCACAACAUUAUGACAACUACAAACGUCAGGAAAAUGAUGAACUGUGGCGGCUUUGGGUUGGAGGCUACGUUUCUUCUGGUGGUUGGUUUCUCUCACACUAAAGGUGUUGCCAUAUCAUUUCUUGUCCUUGCUGUUGGAUUUAGUGGUUUUGCAAUCUCUGGGUUCAAUGUAAAUCAUUUGGAUAUCGCACCACGGUAUGCCAGUAUUCUAAUGGGUAUUUCCAAUGGCGUUGGCACUCUCUCUGGCAUGGUGUGUCCUCUGAUCGUUGGUGCCAUGACCAAAAACAAGACGCGGGAGGAGUGGCAAUAUGUGUUUCUCAUCGCUUCACUCGUUCAUUAUGGUGGAGUUAUCUUCUAUGGUCUUUUUGCGUCCGGAGAGAAGCAGUCGUGGGCGGAGCCAGAGAACACGAGCGAUGAGAAAUGCGGCAUAUUAGGAGAAGACGAGCUGGCGGAUGAAACGGAAGAGCUGUACCGCACAGGGGGCGGUGGCUAUGGAGCGACUAUCCAAUCAGGUGACCCCAAUGGGGCGGGGACAGUAGGGGGUGGAGUUGGAGGAAGCUGGGUCUCAGACUGGGACAAAACGGAGGAAUAUGUCCAACCUGUCGGCACGAAUAGCUUCCUGUAUGGAGGAGAGGAGGACUAACGGAAUGAUUUUGAGAGGAGUGGUGGUGGAACAAAGGACCGAAUAUUCCUUAUAAUUAUGGACUGGGACAAGGGAAGAGGUUUUAACCCAAACCAAUAAAAAUCAUGUAAUCAAUACAACACAUUUUUUUUGUGAAAUCACAACAAUAGAUUCAGCAAAGGACUAUGUAAGUCUGUUGGUGUGAGAGUGAGUGUGUGUGUGAGUUAAAUAUCAUGAAAAACAUAGUUUUAAGUGUGUACACAUUUUUGCCUAAUAUUGUAUUUUGGCAUAUAAUCUGAUCAGUAAAGGUUCAAGAUUCGUAUUGUUAUAAAAUAUUACAGCCAUCCUGCCUAAAUUGUGACAAUCCUGAAGUGUGAAAGAUAUGAUGCUUACACAUGAAAUUAUCCUCAGGUCCUCUUUUGCAGAAAAACUGAAUAAUAUUUCCAAAAUGAUAAUCAUUUAGAGCAUUGAUCUCAUGUGCCAAUACUGUGAGGUAUGUGUAGUAUUGGUCCUUUUGCAAUGAGAAUCUAAUUUAGAUAAAUACAAUCAAAGGUAACACUUUAUUUUAAUGGUUCCAAAUAGAUAUUCAUCUGACUAAAUGUGACUUAUCAUCUGGUUUGCUAUAGCUAGUAAACAGUGUUUCAACAAACAUUCAGUAGACUAUCAAUAGCCUGUAUAACAGCAGCAAAAUAAUAGCUUAUCGACUGACUUGCUAUAGCUAGUAAACAGUGUUUCAACAAACAUUCAGUAGACUAUCAAUAGCCUGUAUAAUGCAGCAAAAUAACAGCUUACUGACUGACUUGCUAUAGCUAGUAAACAGUGUUUCAACAAACAUUCAGUAGACUAUCAAUAGCCUGUAUAAUGCAGCAAAAUAACAGCUUAUCGACUGACUUGCUAUAGCUAGUAAACAGUGUUUCAACAAACAUUCAGUAGACUAUCAAAAGCCUGUAUAACAGCAGCAAAAUAAUAGCUUAUCGACUGACUUGCUAUAGCUAGUAAACAGUGUUUCAACAAACAUUCAGUAGACUAUCAAUAGCCUGUAUAAUGCAGCAAAAUAACAGCUUACUGACUGACUUGCUAUAGCUAGUAAACAGAGUUUCAACAAACAUUCAGUAGACUAUCAAUAGCCUGUAUAAUGCAGAAAAAUAACAGCUUAUCGACUGGCUUGCUAUAGCUAGUAAACAGUGUUUCAACAAACAUUCAUUAGACUAUCAAUAGCCUGUAUAACAUCAGCAGAAUAACAGCUUAUCGACUGGCUUGCUAUAGCUAGUAAACAGUGUUUCAACAAACAUUGAUUAGACUAUCAAUAGCCUGUAUAACUUCAGCAAAAUAACAGCUUAUCGACUGGCUUGCUAUAGCUAGUAAACAGUGUUUCAACAAACAUUCAGUAGACUAUCAAUAGCCUGUAUAAUGCAGAAAAAUAACAGCUUAUCGACUGGCUUGCAAUAGCUAGUAAACAGUGUUUCAACAAACAUUCAGUAGACUAUCAAUAGCCUGUAUAAUGCAGCAAAAUAACAGCUUACUGACUGACUUGCUAUAGCUAGUAAACAGAGUUUCAACAAACAUUCAGUAGACUAUCAAUAGCCUGUAUAAUGCAGACAAAUAACAGUUUAUCGACUGGCUUGCUAUAGCUAGUAAACAGUGUUUCAACAAACAUUCAUUAGACUAUCAAUAGCCUGUAUAACAUCAGCAAAAUAACAUGUUAUCGACUGGCUUGCUAUAGCUAGUAAACAGUGUUUCAACAAACAUUGAUUAGACUAUCAAUAGCCUGUAUAACUUCAGCAAAAUAAUAGCUUAUCGACUGGCUUGCUAUAGCUAGUAAACAGUGUUUCAACAAACAUUCAG